AUGGAUAGUCGAGAAAACGCAUGGUCUUCGGGACAGGCUCAAAAUAAGAUUACAUCUAUUCAGCGGAUGGUCGCUCAGCUGGGCACCCAACACGAUUCUGAGAUCCUUCGCCAGAAGCUGCAUGAAAUGCAGCACAACACCCAUACGCUAUCGCAGGAGACGAUGGAGGCGCUGCGAAACCUUCCGGCGUUGCCCCUUCCGCUGAACAAUGUCGAACAACGACAAUGGAAGCUUCAUAGGGAACGGUUGACGAACGAUUUUUCUGUCGUUUUGAACAACUUUCAAGCCUUACAAAUAGAGCAGAACGUUGAUGUGAAGACAAUCAAAGAAAGAGAGCAAGUCAUUAGGCAGUUAGAGUCAGACAUUAUGGAUGUUAACCAAAUCUUCAAAGACCUGGCACUGAUGGUACAUGAGCAAGGAGAGAUCGUUGACAGCAUCGAAGCGAACGUGGACAGCGCUCAAGUGAACAUCGACCAAGGUUCUACGCAGAUUCAGCGGGCCAUGGAAUACCAGGUUUAUAACAUCGAUGGGUUUGCUGUCUAA